CAUUUCUAGGGUUCUUGGAGGCCGCUAGUGUGUUGCUGGUGCGCGCGGUAAGCUCGAUCUGGGAGGAAUGGAGGCGUCAGUGGCCAAGACAUCGGUGUGGUGGGACAUCGAGAACUGCCGGCCGCCCGCGGAUGUGAAUCCCUUCCACAUCGCGCGCAACAUCAGCAAUGUGCUCCACGCCUUCAAUUUCUUCGGCCCACUCACCAUCUCGGCUUACGGCGAUACGUAUCAGCUCACCCGGCACGUCCAGAACGCGCUCACCAGCACAGGAAUCUCCCUCAAUCACAUCCCAUCGGGGAGGAAGGAAGCGAGCGACAAGGCGAUCCUGAUGAACAUGGCAUUUUGGACGAGCGACAAUCCUCCUCCAGCGAAUGUGGUGCUCAUCUCCGGCGACCAGGAUUUCUCCCCGCUGCUCCACAGGCUCCAGAUGAAACGAUUCAACGUUCUUCUCGUCCGGCCCGAGGGAGUCCACGUCUCGGAGUCGCUACUCAACUCGGCCCGGACGGUGUGGUACUGGACUCGCCUCGCUCGAGCCGAGGUGAGCUACUUAUCAGUUCCAAGGGACGUCAAGGCUUUCGGGCUUCCUCCCGGUGCCAGGCCACUCGCUCCCAAUGGUGGUGGUAGAAUGGAGAACGCCGUCGGGCCGAUAGCUCGGCCACCUUUCAUGGUUCCAGGCUACCGGUCUCCGGGGCACCAGAUGAUGGCCGAGAUGCGGCAGCCGCCACCUUUGCAGCAGCAGUAUGCUCCCAGGGACGAUAUCAACCGGCCGCUGUUUCUCCAGUGGCCUUCGUCGCCGCAGUGCUUCUCCGGGAGAUCGUCCGAGGGUUUUGGAGCUGCGAGGUCGCAGUGGUUUGGCGGUCCGGACUUUGGUGGCGAGCAGGAUUUCUACUACGGUCGAGAGCUGAUAAGGCGAGUGCUGGACACGCUCAAGGUCGAGAUGAUGCUCCCGACCGAGGCCAACAUCUACAACUGCGUUGUCUACGGGGAGAAGCAGGCGCUGGGCUUUAACUUGCGGAGAGCGCUGGAAGAAGGCGUGAAGCUGGGAGAGCUGGCGAUUAAAAACGCUGGUGUUGGUGGCGCCGAGGAGAUUUUUCUGCCGGCUGGCUACGAUUUGUGGCCUUACGUCGACCCAAAUCUGUGCCAGGAGUACGAUGCUGAUAUCUGGAGCGACUUCCGGAGCUAUCUUUGCAGCGAAAGGGUGCAUGUUUUCAUCAAUGCCGCGAACCAGUAUGAUGCAGCAUUGAUCCUUAGAGCACAUCGCGUUGGUAGGCUCACGGACUUGAGUCUAGCACAAAUCUACAACGUCAUCCAGUUAGCCAUUCUCGUUCGACUAUGGAUAAAGCCACAUCCUCGAACGUGGUCGCCUCUCGGGAUCACCAUCUCCAGGAACCCCAUGGCAGGACCUGCGUGCACUGCUGUACUCGAAGAGAAGGCAGUGGAUGUGGUGCAUCAGUCUGCGGUCUCGGAAGAGCUGGUGAACUACGAGAGGACAGCCAUUGACGUAGUCAACAAAGUUCUGGAAGAAACGACGCUUGACGUGCUCGCCAAGCCUGUUCCUGUGACUUUGGAAGGGCCACCACCACCAGCCCGGGCCCAGCGUCAUCCUCCAGAGCCUCCAAGUCGACCGACGCAGAUAGAACGAGAGAAAUGCGUGGAAGAACCAGCUAUACACGUGACGAAGCAGGCAGAAGUCAAGCUCCAGGUUGUAGCUCCUGUCGCGAGCGUCGCAAAGCAGCACUACGAGAGCCCGGCCAAGAUCGCCAAGGAGCCGCCGGUUUCGGUCGUGAAGGAGCUCAAGUCGUGGCUGCCGUCGGUGCUCACGGUUGAUGGCUACGACAUAUCGCUGGUUCGUCAGGAGUUCAAGACCGCGAGGGGUUUGACACUCGACCACCAGGCUCUCGGCCAUGCGAAGUUGCUGGAUCUCAUGAAGAAGUUCCCGGACGUGGUCCAGAUAUCGUAUCCCAGGCCUGGUCUCUGCAAGCUUUAUCCCCCCGGGACGACUGUGGUAACGCAAGUCAAGACGAAGGAGAAGGAGAAAGACAAGGACAAGGCGCCAGGGACGAGCGAUAUCAUGCACAGGCUAAGAGGCUGGCUGCCGUUGUUCAUCGGCAGGAGGGGUGUCUGCGACCUGGCAUCCGUUUGCAAGGAAUUCGAAGCCGAGUGUAAGCUGAAGCUCGAGGCCAGCGAGCUUGGCUUCUCUAGUACGAGUACGUUGUUAGAGCAGUUCUCCGAUAUCGUCAGGCUCGAGCAUCUCCAGUCGGGAGAUAUAGUGCUCACUUCCGCGACAAAGAAAGCCUCCUCGACGGCCUCGAGGGAGAGGGAAAGCCUGGCACAGGCUCCUGUGGAGGCAGCAGCAGCAGCGAGGCAGCAGCCAUCACCAAAGGGUGCUGCUGUCGACUUCCCAGCCAAGAUGAGAGCCGACUGCAAAGCUUUGCUGCUCGAGAGCAUCCCGAGCUGCAAGUCCGGCUAUCCUCUGGCGAGGCUCAAGGGGGACUUCCAGCAGCACUACGGCUACGCACUGGAUCACGCGGGGUGUGGCUUCAAGAAGCUGGAAACUUUCCUGGAGCUGCUCAAAGACUCUAUAGGCAUCUGGACGGGGUCGGGCGGCCACAAGCUUCUCCACUUGAAGGAGCCCGAAGAUAGCAACGUCGAGGAGAAGAUCAAGGGCGAGGACAACGUCAAGAACAGGGAGAGGGUGGACGAGCUUGACGAGGUUGCGACGACUCUGGAACCGGAGGAAGAAGAGAACGAGAAAGAAAAGGCGAUGGUGGAUGCGAAGAAGCGGAAAAAAGCUAGCGAGGCUAGCGUCUUGGAAACGGGGAAAGCCCAGGCUCCCGCGAGCAAUGCCAAGCCGCAAGGAGUGAGCAAGAGUAGCAGCAGUGGCAAGCUCAAGAUGGGGGGCGGCAAGCUAAGCGCGCAGCUCCCGGCUUGUUUGAGGCACUCUUUCGCAGAGAAGGUGGCGGAGACUAGCCUCGCUUUCAAGCCCUCCAAUCCAUUAUCCAUGGUGGAUUGAUUGAUCCAUUCAUUACCACGCCAUGACUCUUGGGUGGUAAAGCUCGUUGUCAACGUGUGGACUAACGCUGACUACUAUCAGUCAACGCUAUCUCAUUACUGUUCUAAUGAGCUCGUUACUAUUUCUGUUUACUUUUACUGUUUGGACUAACGUUGACUACAGGUCAACGCAUCUACUGAGCUAAUCUACUCGAUCGUGUCAUUUGAUCUGCUAUUUA